UUUUUUUUUUAUAAAAGCGAAAAAAAAAUUAGUUUCGAAAUGCCGCUUGUGGUGGCGUUGCAAUAUGACGUGACAACGAUGAGCCUUUUAAACCAAUUAACAAUUAAAAUUUAUAAUCCCUUUUCUGUCAAUUUUUCCUAUACUCUUUCUUUUUUUUUGUUGUACCUUCGCCUAUAAUAUGAUAUUCCCAGACCAAGAGAGUUCAUCAAAAUGAAUGAAAUAAAAAAAAAGAAGUAUAAAACAUGUACCUAAUUAUAAUUAUGCAUGUGUAUGUAUCUCUUUCGAUUUGCAAUAUAAAAAAGAAUAAGACAAAAAAAAAGGCCAUCUUUUUCCAAAAGCAUAAUGACAUUUUUUUUCUUCUAUCUAUGUAUAUGCAAAAUGAGACUAUUUUCUGACCCAAGUGUUUGCUUCUUUGUGUUUGAAAUAAACAUUAUCAAAACAUUGAAAUUGAAAGAAAAAUCGAAAUAAAAUGUGGUUUAAAAAAAAUCUUUGAAUUGGUUCAUUGAAAAAUUCCAUUCAGUCAAUUUUGACAAAUCUGCGUUCAGCACAAAUCAUUGAUUUUGAGAGGAUUUUUUUUUAUUGCUGCACCUGUCAUUUAGAAUGUUUUAAGCUAACAGAAUAACAUCAAAAAUGUCGAAGUCCAACAUUGAAACAAAAAAUCGAAUGACUAAAAGAACAUUAGAUUGAAACUAAAACAAUAGAAAAAUUAAAAAGUUUAAAGCGAAAUAAAUAAAAAACCGGGAAAUACAAAUUAUAAAUAAAAAAAAUAAGCAACAAGUGUUUUAAGCGCAAUCAAAUAAUUAAAAUACUUAACAACUAAUUUUAAUAAAAAUAUUAUUUUGUUUUAAUUUUCUUUUGGGAAAAUUUAAUUUUCCUUAAAAAAAUCCAAAACAUUCAAUCCAGCAACAACACAGCUUAAAUACUUAUUCGCAUUGUCUGUAAAUUAGUUUUUGUCGUCAAUCAUUUUUUUUUUAUUUAAAAAAAUAUAAACAUAAACAUUAUUUGUCGCGUUUUAAAAAAGAUAAAUAACAACAAUAACUGUUAUAAAUGUGUGUGUGAGUCAGAAAGUCGUUGAACUGAAAAUUUGUUUAUUUUCAAAAAAAAAAAAACGACAAAAACAAAACAACAACACUUAACAGUGGAACCGAGCAAAAGAGAUUGAGAGAAAAUAAGCAGGAACUUUUUCAUCUAUUUUCUGAGUUCGAAAACUGAUGGAUGGAAAUGCACAAAAUAUGUUUCACGGAAAUCAUCAAGGAGACCCUUACUAUCGGUAUGACCCGGCAGCGGCAGCAGCAGCCGCAGCCACACCCCGAGCCAUGGGUCCUCCCGGAGGAUACCCCCCAAGACAUAGAGCACCGCAUCCGCUACAACAACAACCACAAUAUCCAUCGUACCAGCCAUCGGCGGAAAAUUUGUACGCCCUCAGUGCUGCUGAUCAACACAGUGCAAUGGGAUUGGGUGACUUAGGUGGCUGGGGUGCUGGACCAACAGCUGGCCAAGCUGGAGCAUAUCCAGGCCCAGCACUUAGUGCGUAUGGUCAUCCACAAGCGGCACCACCGCCACAAAGGCAGACACCUACGCAACCAAGCUACCGUCAACACCUCAGCGCAUACACCCAGCAAGAUCAGCAAAAGCUCAGCUAUUCGACGCAGCAAAGUCUAAUGAGCGGAAUAAUGCAACAACCUGGGUAUGUGGCUUUGAGUCAACAACAACCGACACCACAGCAACAACAGCAACAGCAGCAGCAGCAGCAACAACAACAACAGCAACAAAGAAUACCACAACAUUACCCGCAAACCAGCAGCCAUCCAAUGUACCCCGGUGGGCCACAGGCUCAAACAGGUGCACCUGCACCUCAGCCCUAUAGUCCAUAUGGAACACCGACGAGCAUGCAACACCAGCCAGGUAGACCCACGCAGCAUAGCGCACUGAGCUAUGGGGCUCACUCGUUGGAUCAAAGUAGUUAUGGACAGCAUGUGCCCAGUUCAGCACCAAGUGGCCAUCAUUUGAGCAGUCAGCAGCAACAACAACAACAACAGCAGCAGCAGCAAACAUCGCAGCUGACCGGUCAACAGCAGCCACAACAAACGCAUCAUAGCCAAAAUCAUUUAAGUGCCUCUCAGGCGCAACCUCCACCUGGCUUACAUCCUAGCCAAGUGGUAUCACAUCCCUCCCAGCAGCAACAACAACAACAACAGCAACAACAACAACAACAGGCGCAACAGCCAACGCAUCCCACAACAAGUCAGUCAUCACUGCCACCAGGCUUGAGCGCUCCUUCCCAGCAACAACAGCAUGCAGCUGCAGCAGCGGCCGCAGCUCAGCACUUGCUUAGCCAAGGACAGCCCAGUCACGUUGGCUUACUGCAUAAUAGUGCCCCCGUAGGUGGAGCUGGAGGUCUGCCACAUUCGAUGGUGUCAACGUAUGGUCACUUGCAACAAACUCAGCAGCAGCAAAGCCAACAACCCCCGUACAUGACGACGGCGAAACAUCAAUCGACGCCUCAAUUGAGUAGCAGUCCCCAGUAUCGUGCGCCUUUCCCGCAAUUAUCGCCUCAAAUGUCACCCAGACCUCCACAAAUGUCGCCUCAUCCCCAGAUGUCACCGAGGCCUGUAAUGUCACCGGCGAAGCCACCACAACAACAACAGCAGCCGCAACAACAGCAACAAGUGAACUCGCCCAAUCCAACUCAAUCACCACAUCACUCAAUAUCGGGUAUUGUUGGCAUUACGAGUCCAAGAGGAGGUCCCCAACCUCAGCCAAUUCAGCCACCGAGCAUUCAGACCCAACCACCAUCUUCGAAAAGUUCUGGUCCGCCUGUGAAUACAUUGCAAGCUCUUGAACAAAUGGUCAUGCCACCACAGAGCUUAGGAGGUAGUCCUCUAGAUUACCCACCAUACAGGCAAACUGGACAUACUCCAAUGUCACCAAUGGGUCCCCGAAUGCCGGUUUCUCCUCAACAUCAACAGUGGCCGCCACACCUUAGCAUGCAAUCGACUCUGCACCAGCAACAACAGCAGCAACAGAUGAAUCUGUACGCACAAUCACAGGCAAUGAGUCUUCAGCCACAAAGUGUGGUUCCCCAGCAGCAACAACCACCGCCGCCAACAUCUCAACAGAUGCCAGUGCAUGUGGGGCAUCCAGGUCCACAGCCUACACAACCAUCUCAACAUCAACAGCAGCAACAACAACUCCAACAGCAUCAGCAACAUCAACAGCAACAACAACAGCAGCAACAACAACAACAACAACAGCAGCAGCAACAACAACAGCAACAGCAGCAACAACAACAGCAACAACAACAACAACAACAGCAGCAACAACAACAGCAACAACAACAACAGCAGCAACAACAACAACAGCAGCAACAACAACAACAGCAACAACAAUUAAGUGAUCAGCUACAGCAUUCCAUAAAUGAUAUCGUCGGUCAUCAGUCUGUACCUGUUUCACAGCCAGUUCCACCUCCAUCUCAACAACAACCACAACAACAGCAGCAGCAACAACCACCACCACCAAUACUAACUCCUUUACAACCAUCAUCACAUCUGAUGCCGCAGCAACAUUCUCCACCGCAGCAACAUUUACUUUCACAUCAGCCCCAACAUACUCAACAACACUCAUUACAACAAAGUCUUCAUAUGCCGCCAAAUGAACCACCGCCAGUGGAACCAUUACCACCAAUAAUUACCCAACAACAAUCGGCGCGAAAUACUCCUGUUCAUGAUUCUCCACAACACUCCAUUCAACCGCUACAGCAACAACAACCACAACAACAGCAACCAACACUCUUGCAACAGCAACCACAACAACACACCCACUCAAUCAUGGACACCUUCGGAAGUGUCGAUUCAAUUCCAUCUGCAGUUCCAGUGUUGCCACAACAACAGCAUCACCAACAAGCACCACCACCACCAGUCUCAGCUCUCAACGAGACCAACUCCAAUGAUUCAGUAACAUCGCACCUGGUGGUUAACAACGAUACAAAUAGCAACAAUAGUAAUAACAGCAACAGCACAAGCAACAGCAUUGUAAAUAACCAACCAACAUCGAUUCAUGAUAGUAACUCACAGAAUUCUAUCAUCAGUAACAACCAGAACUGUAGCACACCACCAGAGGUGAUUGGUAGUGAUAUUGCUCCGCCACCUGCGGCCACUACCCCAAGCAACAUUCAAAUGUUCGACUCGAAUUCAAUGCCACCAACGGCGACAACACCUAUGGACUAUGAGCCACAACCACAGUUGUCAAUAUUAGAGCCAAAACCCCAGCUACUGCCAGUGCCAGUGCCAGAGGCAGCCGUACUAAAUCAAGACUCUAUGCCAGAGACAGUGCGCGAAGAGGAAGAACCACAACAACAGAUGAUAACAUCUGCUGAAAACUCAAUGGAUGCAAGUGAACAUGGAAAUGAUCUUCAGGAACUCGUGUCAGUUCCUGAAAUUACCAAUCCACCAUCUCCACAGCAGGUGCCUCCGCCGCAAGAGCUUCCUCCUCAGCCUCAGCUGCAAGAAGUUCCUCCCGUGGAAGUACCAAUAAUGCCAGUGGAACCGAUUGCAGAACAUGUUCCAUUACCAAUACAAACAAUUCCACAACCUUUACCAGAACAACAACAACCACCACCACAAAUACAACAGCAACCAACACCACCACCACAACAGCAACUACAACAACCACCACCAACAGCAGCACUUAUGGCAGAAACUGAAGUUCAACCAACAUUGUUGCCACUUGUUCCAGAACAAAUGCCACCACAGCAACCAUUGCAACAGCCGAUAAUUCCUACGAUGCAACCAUUACCACCGCAUUUGUUGGGACCAGCUGGAGCCCCAGGCAUGACACCAAUGCCACCCCAAUAUGAUCCAACACAAAUGGCACCUAUACAUCCAACUGGUGGUUAUCCAGGUCCAUAUCCAUACAUGCCUGGACCGAUGCUUCAUCAUCAGGAAAGGGCCGCAUUGCAACAACAACUGCAAGAGCUCUAUUGUACGCCACCUACCCCAGACAUACAAGAGAAGAUCAUUCGCCUGCAAGAACGUCACAACAUGUUACAGGCUCACGAAACGACAGAUCAGUGUAAUGGUGGCCCACAAUGUAUGUUCCAGAACUCGAUCUAUACAAAUACUCAAAUGGUUGAGAGUCCUCAGGUGUCAAGCACCACCGGCAGAGGUCGUAACAAAGGUGCUUCCAAGCCGAGAAAACCACGCGCCAAAAAGGGUGACAAAGGUCAAGCAUUGGCUGCUGGAGAAAUGCCUCCAGACACAAGUAUUCUGCCAACUAACCUGCCAGUCUCCGAAGACUGUGUAACUCAAGGAGCUGGUGACACAUCCGUAGUGUCCAUGAUGGAUUUCAACGAGAGCUGUGACAUAUCGCAGGAUCAUUCAUCCAACGAAUUGGACACAUCGACUGAUGUGGCAGGUGGAAAGAAAAAGAAACCGCGUAAACCACGCAUUCCAAAAGAUCCAAAUAAGUCACCAAAAGAGAAAACCACAACGCCCAAAGAGAAAAAGAAAAAGGAGGGUGGUGGUGGCAAAGCCAAGAAAGGCAAAAAAGGUGCCGGCAAAGAGGGUGAAGAUCUCCUAUUGCUGGAGAAUACGAAUAGCAAAAAGACUGAAAGCGGUGAUGAGGCUACAAAGUCUCAAGAUGAUGAAGAUGGUGCAAUUCCUGAACCACCAACAACGACUUCAGAUGAACCAGCACCAAUGGAUGGUGAAACUCCAGAUUACGAUGAUAUUCCAGUUAGUAAAAUUCCCAAAUCAACGUGCGGUGAAGAAAUGAAUGUUGACGAAGAAGUCAAAAAUGGAGAUGAUGAUUCGGUAGUUGAUUCAGCUACUCCUAGUUCGAAGAAAAAGAAAAAAUCUUCAGGUGGAGGAAGUAGUAGCAGGAGGAAGCCAUCGUUAGGAGGUGGUAAUAGAUCUCUAUCAAGUAAGAAGAGAAAGAAUCGGGGAAGGAUUGUUCCAGAAUCCGAUGGUGAAAACGAUGAUAUGGCAACAACUCCACCACCCUCACCACCACCAGACGCCGAACUGGAUAGUUUGAAGAGGCGAUCGGCUAGGAAUACAUCUCGCAAGAAGUACAUUGACGAUGUAAUGUUACGUUUCUCCGAUGAUGAGGGUAGCGCAAUAAUUAGCUCUUCCCCGGCAAAGGAGAAGAAAAAGAGUGCAGGCUCUGCAGCCUCAACUCCAGCUUCGGUUUCCGCUAGUGCCUCGGCUGCUGCUUCGUCAGGUGUAAAUAGUGAUGCUGAGAAGGCGGAAAGUAACACUGGCACAGAGGUGUUGCCAGAGAACUCUUCAGUAAAUCCAGAAAUUCCAGAAGAGCAGCCAGUUCCAGCUGCGAAAGAAGAGAAAAUACCUGAAUCAUCUAAACCCAACUAUGUAUAUGUUAAUACAGGUGACGAAGAUAGCAUGGUUGUUCAGUAUGUUCUAGCUGUUAGGAUGGGCAAGAGAGAACUUCGUCCACCAGAGCCACCACAACCCGUUAAAGUAGCUGAAGAAGAGCCAAAACCUGAAGUAAAAGAGGAGACUACCGAAGAUGGUGGUGCAGAAAAGAAGACAACAGACGAAGAAACAGAUGUGAAGAAAGAAGAGAGUGCUGCUGAAGAAGAAAAAGAAACCAAGACAGAAUCAGAGGUUACUACAGAGGUCAAACUUGAAACCGAAAAUGAUGAAGAAACUCCCAAGAAGACUGAAGAAGGCGAUGAAGAUAAAGACAAAGCUACUGAACUUGAAAGUUCAGAGAAGUCUGAUGAAGAAAAGAAAGAAGAUACUGAAAUAGAAGCAGAAAAGGUGGAGGAGACAGAAGAUGAAGUGACAAAGGUUCCUAAAGAAGAAAAGAUGGAAGUCGAUGAGGAAGAAAAUGAAACUGUAACCGAAGAAGAAAAACCUGUUAAAGUUGAAGAAGAAGCUUUAUCAGAAACAGAGAAGCCAACAACAACCGAAAAAACUGACGCAGUUGAAGAAGAGCCAUCAGCUGAGAUUAAAGAAGAAGAAGAAGAACUGAAGAAAGAAGAUAAAAAUGAAGAUGAAACUGCGGCUCCUGCUGUAUCGACAGAGUCCACAGAAGAAGAUACAAAAGAAGAGAAAAAAGAAGGCGAAGAUACGGACACACCGAAACCAGAACCGGUAUUCAUCGAAGUUGAAGAGUACUUUGUUAAGUACCGUAAUUUCUCUUAUCUCCAUUGUGAGUGGCGAACUGAAGAGGAACUCUUUAAAGGUGAUCGCAGAAUCUCCGCUAAAGUUCGUCGUUUCCAACAGAAACAAGCUCAACAGAUGAAUAUCUUUGAAAAUAUCGAAGAAGAACCUUUUAAUCCCGACUUUGUUGAAGUUGAUCGGGUGUUGGACAUGUCCGAACAUACUGACACCGCCACCGGUGAAAUUACCAAACAUUAUUUGGUCAAGUGGAAGUCACUUCCCUAUGAAGACUGCACAUGGGAGUUGGAAGAAGAUGUAGAUGAAGAAAAAAUUGAACAAUUUUUGGUAUUUACCAAAAUUCCACCACGUUCCGAAUGGAAAUCAAAGAAACGUCCAUCACCGGAACUCUGGAAGAAGCUUGAAAAGACUCCAGUUUAUAAAAAUGGAAAUACUUUGCGUCCAUAUCAGUUGGAAGGUUUAAACUGGUUGAAGUUUUCAUGGUACAAUUCUCACAAUUGUAUCUUGGCUGAUGAAAUGGGUCUGGGUAAGACUAUUCAAAGUUUGACUUUUGUUCAUUCGGUGUGGGAAUAUGGCAUUAGGGGACCUUUCCUUGUAAUUGCUCCCCUGUCCACUAUUCCCAAUUGGCAACGUGAAUUCGAAGGCUGGACUGAUAUGAAUGUUGUAGUUUAUCACGGUUCAGUGACAAGUAAACAAAUGAUUCAGGACUAUGAGUUCUUCUUUAAGCAAGAUUCUGGAAAAGUCAAUAAAGAAUUGGUUAAAUUCAAUGUCUUAAUUACAACUUUCGAAAUGAUUGUCACAGAUUACAUGGAUUUAAAAAAUUUCAAUUGGAGAUUAUGUGUUAUCGAUGAGGCACAUCGUCUGAAGAAUAGAAACUGCAAACUUCUAGAAGGAUUGCGACAACUCAAUUUGGAACAUAGAGUUCUGUUAUCAGGAACUCCUUUGCAAAACAACAUCAGUGAAUUGUUUUCGCUGUUGAAUUUCUUGGAACCAGCACAGUUCUCAUCUGCCGAGACAUUUAUGACUGAUUUCGGUAGUUUGAGAACCGAAGAAGAAGUCCAGAAACUUCAAGCACUCCUCAAACCAAUGAUGUUGCGUCGGUUGAAGGAUGAUGUAGAAAAGUCUUUAGCUCCUAAAGAGGAAACAAUUAUCGAAGUUGAAUUGACAAACAUUCAAAAGAAAUACUAUCGUGGUAUUUUGGAACAGAAUUUCUCUUUCUUAAAGAAAGGAACCACAUCGGCAAAUAUUCCAAAUCUCAUGAAUACCAUGAUGGAACUCAGAAAAUGCUGUAUUCAUCCAUAUCUCUUGAAUGGUGCAGAGGAACAAAUCCAAUAUGACUAUCGUCUGCAACAUGGUGAAGAUUAUGAAGCAUAUUAUAAAAAUCUUAUCAAUUCUGCUGGUAAAAUGGUGUUGAUAGACAAACUUUUGCCAAAACUGAAAGCCAACGGACACAGAGUGUUGAUUUUCAGUCAGAUGGUUAGGUGUUUGGAUAUUUUAGAAGAUUACCUGCUCUACAAGAAGUAUUCAUUUGAGCGUAUUGAUGGAAGAAUUCGAGGAAAUCUUCGUCAAGCUGCAAUCGAUCGAUAUUCAAAACCUGAUUCGGAUCGUUUUGUAUUCUUGUUGUGUACCAAAGCUGGUGGAUUGGGUAUUAAUUUAACAGCUGCAGAUACUGUCAUUAUUUAUGACAGUGAUUGGAAUCCACAGAAUGAUUUGCAAGCUCAAGCUCGUUGCCAUCGUAUUGGUCAACAAAAGAUGGUCAAGAUUUAUCGUCUUCUUUGUCGUAACACUUACGAAAGGGAGAUGUUUGAUAAAGCUUCAUUGAAAUUGGGUCUGGAUAAGGCUAUUCUACAAUCAAUGAAUACAACACAGGGCAAAGAUAGCAGUAAUAGACAGCUAUCAAAGAAAGAAAUUGAAGAUUUGCUCAAAAAGGGAGCCUAUGGAGCUGUCAUGGACGAUGAUGCGGGCGAUAAGUUCUGUGAAGAAGAUAUCGAUUCGAUUUUGCAACGGCGAACACAAGUUAUUACAAUGGAGUCGGAAAAGGGAUCGACCUUUUCAAAGGCUUCAUUUGCCGCUUCAGGCAAUCGAUCUGACAUCAAAGUUGAUGAUCCAGAUUUUUGGACAAAAUGGGCAAAGAAAGCAGAUAUUGAUCCUGAUGCAUGUGAACGAGAUGAAGAAGAAAAUUUAGUUUUAUCGGAACCUAGAAGAAGGACACAAAUCAAACGUUAUGGACAUGAAGAUGUAAUGGAAAUGUCCGAGGAUUCAUCUGCGGAAAAUAGUGAUGAAGAUAGCAUUGGACUUCGAAGCAGAAGAAGAAAAGAAAAACUUGCUCGAAGAAGCCGUGGCAAUGGUAAUGAAGAUUACAUACCAAGAGAUCGUGAUACAUUAGCCGCAAUGGGUUUGGAAGAAAUUCAAUAUGGAAAUUGGGCAAAAUCUGAAUGCUUUAAAGUUGAAAAGGGACUUUUAUCUUAUGGAUGGGGACGUUGGACAGAAAUCAAUGAACUUGGUCAGUUCAAACGAGGAUGGCGAGAAAGUGAUGUAGAAGAAUGUGCUCGUGUUAUCCUACUCUAUUGCUUACAAGUAUACAAAGGUGAUGAGAAGAUCAAAAAUUUCAUAUGGGAUCUUAUAACACCAACAGAAGAUGGUGAAAUCCAGAAGAUCAGCAGGGACCAUAGUGGCUUACACAAUUUGGUGCCACGAGGUAGGAAUGCAAAAGGUCGAAACGGUGGAAAGAAUACAAAGGAACCACCUUGUGCCGGACCAUCCAAGCCGGAACAUGGCGAAAAAGGUUGUGGCCAAAAUCUGCUUGACCCAAAUCACUGGAGCAAACAAGAGAAAUUCGAUGCCGAGGUCUAUCUAGAGGGUCCAUAUAAGAAGCAUUUGGGUCGGCACGCGAAUAAAGUUUUGUUACGCGUGAGAAUGCUAUACUACAUCCAGCACGAAGUCAUUGGAGACUUGGUGCAACAAAUCAGUGAUGGCGUUCCAGCAAGCGAGCUCCCCAUUCGCCCGCCACCGACACCCGAUCAGACGCCAAGCUCCUGGUGGAAUCCUAACUGUUGCGACAAAAGCUUACUGGUUGGCACAUAUAAGCAUGGCUGUGAAAUGUACCGGCAAAUCCGUGCCGAUCCGAUUUUGUGCUUCGUAAGCCAUGUCGGUCCCGGCGAUGACAGCGCACUACCAAUGAAUCCGAACAAUGAGGAUGAUGCUAAUUCAAAACAUGAAGAUGCUGAUGAAGUCGAUGAUGAUGGUACAGCAACCAAAGAUUCUGAUUCGAAACCAGGUGGCGAAUGCAGCAGCAAAGAUGCUGAUCCAGAUCGCCCCAGUUCAUCGGGUAAGAAUAGUGCCGAUGAAAGUAUUGCCGCAAACAAUGAGACAAUGUCAAACUCAUGUUUAGGCUUGGACGAGGAGGAAAGUGGUACAAGCAGUUGUUAUCCGCCUACAAGUAUGCCAUCUGAUGAUUCAACUUGGCCGUCAAUGCAAGAUUUGAAUACACGUUUAAGGCGUGUUAUAACGGCUUAUCAAAGAAAUUACAAAAAGGAGGAAAUGAAGCAACAACAAAAGGCUAAGCUACAGGCACUGGUCUCAUCUACACCCCCACUGUCUGUGCCAAGCACUUCAAACAUACAACAAAUGAUGCAAAAUGCUGCUGUUAACUCACAAAAUCAACAGCAACAACAACAACAGCAGCAACAACAACAGCAACAACAGCAGCAACAACAACAGCAGCAGCAACAGCAACAACAACAAAAUAAUAUGCAAGCUAUGAUGCAAGGUGGAAAUACAUCGGCUCAUGGUAUGGUAAGUGGACAAGUUGGUGCUUCUUCGUCAAAUAGUGGAAAUAUUGCUGUUGGAAGUGGUGGAGGUGGAGUAGCUAGCGGCAGUGGACAGCAAUCGUCUUCGAAUGCAAGCACAUCCGCUGUUGCUCAAAUGCAAUCCUCACAAUCACAACAGCAACAACAGCAGCAGCAACAGCAACAACAACAGCAGCAACAGCAAGUACAAAUGCCAACUCCUGCAGAUAUUGGCCUAAUGCUUAGUCUGCUGAAUCCAGUCGAUGCCAGUCAAUUGGCCAACUUGGAUUUCAAUAAGUUGGCUAUGUAUUUGAAUCUGCACAAAUUCCAGAAAAUGGAGCGCCAAGGUAAAAUGGAAAUUGCCGCCAAAGAGCGUGAGCGUCAACGUCUUGAAAGUAUUCCCAAAAAAUGGAAUCGACGUGAAGAAUAUGAAUUCCUUCGGGUAUUAACUGGGUAUGGUGUUGAUUUGCUACAAGGCGUCAGCAUUAUUGCACCUGAUUGGACAAAAUUCAAAGCAAUGGCACAUUUGGAACGAAAAAGUGAUGAAACUCUAAGUGAUUAUUAUAAAGUAUUCAUUGCAAUGUGUAAACGUCAAGCUGGUGUUAAGCUGACUGAAGGCGAACGGGGUUUGGAAGGAAUCAUUGAAGACAUUAAUGAAGAUCAUGCUAAGCUUAUACUUGAUCGGUUAGAGUUGCUUUCAAAACUUCGCGAGGUAAUUCGUCAUCAUACAUUUGAUGAACGAUUAAAAUUGUGUCAGAAUAAUGUGGACACUCCUGAUUGGUGGGAACCCGGAAGACAUGAUAAAGAACUUGUUAUGGCAGUUCUAAAACAUGGCUUAUAUCGGUCGGAAACAUUUAUAUUCAAUGAUCCAACGUUUAGUUUUCUUGAGUCAGAAAAGAGAUUCCUUCGGGAAUUGGAAGCUCAAAUUCAGCGGUUCAAAAUGGAGUCUCAACUUGUUAAGGAUGAGAUUAUUGACUUGGACGCUAAUACAAGUCCAGUCAAAGAAGAAGUAAAGAAAGAAACAGUGACUGAAGUCAAGGCAGAAACUGAAGAAGCUGAAGUAAAGCCAAAGGUUGAAGAAAAUACUGAAGCAGUACCAGAAGCUGGUGAACAAAAGGCUGCUAGCACUGAAGCUGAGUUGGAUAAGAAAUCCGAAGAAGGAAUUGAGGAUUUAUCAGCUUCUAGCAAACCAGCCGAUAAAUCCAUUGAACCAGAAUCACCAGUCCCAUCUGUCAAAAAAGAACUUAACUCCAGUGUGGGUGAAGAAGAAGCUGCUUCUGAUCUUAGUAGCAAAUCCGAAGUGACUGAUCCUGAGAAAAAGGAUGUUGAGUUGCGUGGUGAAUUGGAAAAACCAAUCAAAGAAAUUUGUGAUCCUGCUGAAGAAGAAAAAAUGGAAACAGAUGAGGUGAUUCCUGAAGACAAACCCACUCCAGAAAAAGAAACUUCUGAAGAAGAACCUGCCAAGAAGGAAAAUUCUUCCGAAGAGCCUGCAACCGUCGAAGAAACUGAAGAAACCAAACCCAAACCAGAAGAAUCAGCUGGCGAAAAUGGCAACGCCGAAAAAGAACCCACAGAAAAGGAUUCACUGCCUCCAUCAAGUCCCACUGUUGAGAAACCAAUGGAUUGUACUGACUUGUCGGCCAAGAAGACUGACGAUGCUUUAGAUCUAGCUGGUCCAGAUGCAAAGAAAACUUCUGACGAAGAAGAAGUUAUGAAAGAAAAAGAGAAGGCUGUUGAAGAAGAAUGUCAGAAACAAGCUGCUGAAUUGAAAGCACGCUUCCCAGACCUUGAGGUCAUUCAGCCCUCGGUCAAACAUAAGACAGAUAAGGAACGUCCCAAAGCCGAGAAAUGCAUGGUUCGAUGGCUAAAGGACUUUGCCUUAGAACAACGAAUCUCUCAUAUUGUCACAUGUGUCGAGACAAAUCAAUGGCCAGUUGGUCCCAAUUAUUCAGCUUAUGCUGGUUGUCAAGGAGUCGAUUUAGAUAUUGCUCUUCACGAAACAAUUGGUCAUUUGAAUGUUAUUGAGCGUCGCUCAGAAACACCAGACGUGAUUACCAUUACAACCGAUCAAGGCAUGCCAAAGCACUUACAAGCUCAGCUUCAAGCAAGUCAAAUUCCUGGUGGCGCUGGACCAUCACAACAACAACAACAACCAACAAUGAUGUCUUCUCCUUCGGUCCCAAGUGGAUCACCAUCGCCGGCACCUAACUCUUCGGGUGGUGGUAAAAAAAGGAAGCGACAUAUCGCUAUUGACGUCGAGACAGAGCGUGCUAAACUGCAUGCUCUGCUUAAUAGUACGCAGUCAAUGAAUCAAAAAGGAUGGGGUGGUGAGGAAGAUAGCAACGAUUCACGACGAAGUUCGUCAUCGCUCUCGCUGCAACCACCGCCAGCACAUCAACAUCCACCACGACAGUCAUCGACUCCGUCGUUCAAUAAGCCAGCGGUGCCACCGAUGAAGACGCCUCCACCACAAAUGGGUGGACCAAUGGAUUUGUCUUCCAGUCUUCCCAAAGCCGGAAAUAUUAGCGAAAUGCUUAAAGCUGCAGCAGCAGCUGCACCAAUCGAUUUAAGUGAAGUGCAAGACUUUUCCAUGGGCAAUAAGAAAAGCAUGGCUGCUAUGAGCUCUGCCUAUGCUGCAUCUGCAAUGGGUGGUGGCGGCGGCAACAACAACAAAGGAAAACUCGAUGAUACUCUUAGCAAAUUAAUGAAAAAGAAUAAUUGCGUAAGAUCAAACAACAGCAAGAAAGCCGAAUUGAACGAAAACCGAUUGAAUAAUUUCCCUUCACAGACAAUCGAAGAACCUGUUGUUGGAAAGGAAAAGAAACGUAAGAAACUCGAUGAAAUUGUUCUAGGAUUGUCGGCAGCUAAAGAACAAAAAACAUUCCCCGAUCCAUCGCUGCCAUCGUCGAAAAAACAAACCAUAACACCAAGUGUAUCGGUGACACCGGCUAACGUACCCUCUACAAUGGCCAAUCAAAGUAAUCAAAAACCAUUUACGAUAACAGUAACAAGUGUACCAGGAAAAUCAAAGAAUAGCUCAUCAAUGCCAUCGGCAUCACCCUCUUCAUCGCAUGCAUCAUCUUCGUCAUCUGGUUUGGCUGCAUUGCAAAAUAUGGCUAUGGGUGGUGUACCAUCGAAGGAUAGCUUAAAUGCAUUGCUUGCUCAAACUAUGCAAGCUGAUCCUCAAACGUUCCUUAAACAGCAACAAAAGAUGAUGCAAUGUUUGCCAGCAUCACAACGUAAGGCUUAUGAAGUCAUGCUUGCUGAUAUGAAACAAGCUGUUGAAAUGACUUCCAAAUACAACUCCCAUGACGUUAAGGUGAACAAAUGGUUGGCUGAACAAAAUGCUGCCCUCAAUGAACAGCUCAACAUGGACUAUCGUCGAUCAAACCGUAGUUCAUCGGGACAAGCAUCAAUGCCUAAAGCUUCUCCCCAACAACCACCUCCUCAACCACCACCACAACAACAACAACCCCAACUCACAGGACCCCAAAGUCUUACGGGUGAUGAACCAGUUGUGGUGAUUAACAAACAAACAGGCAAACGUCUUACAGGAAACAAAGCGCCACAGCUUAAGAGACUCAUGCAAUGGCUAACGGAUAAUCCAGCUUAUGAAGUCGAUCCAAAAUGGUUGGAACACAUGCAAAAUCCAAUGUCAGCACCAUCACCAAAAUCAAGUCAAAUGGACACAAGCGGUUUCAGUGGAAGUUCAAGUAAGAAUCACGGUGGUGGUCGUCCAUCUUCGACAUCGAGCAAUGCAUCGACAAGUAGUCAUUCACAGCAACAGCAAUCGCAACAACCACAACAAUCGCAGUCGAAGAAAUCUAGUCGACAGAGUGCCAUUGAUCAAGCGAAUGCAAUGCAAUUUGGAGGAUUGGCUGGUCUCAAUCCCAACUUGUUGUCUGGCCUACCCGGAUUGGGUGCUUUCGAUCCAAAGAAUCCUCUGCUAAUGCCAUUUGCUGGAAUGCCCGGUUUGGGUGGCAUGGGUGUUUUAGGUAAUCUUGGCAAUAUGAGUAAUAUGAAUUUGUGUAACAAUCUUGCCGCAUUGAGUGGUUUGGGUAAUUUGCCUGGAAUGGAUGCACAAAGUUUAGCUGCAUUAUUAACUGCAGCUGGUACAGCUGGAUUAGGAGGAAUGGGUGGUACUUCUUCAUCACAAGGUGGUGGCGGAGGCAAAACAAGUGGAUCUCAAUCGAGCAAGAAGAGCAAAAACCAAGACAACUCGCAACAGAGUAGUAGCUCAUCACAGGGUGGAAGUGGUGGUGGCGGAGGACAAGGAUCGGGUGGCAGUAGUGGUGGAAGUAAGAAUAUUCCAACAUCAAGUGCAUCAUCUGCCGCAGGGAAUAGUGCAUUCCCAUUUUUGUUCCCCAAUCCAGGUUUGUUGUAUCCUCCAUUGGGAUUGGGUGGUUUGAAUCCAUAUUCUCUGGGUUCUGGUAUGUCUGCAUAUGAUCAAUUAGCACAACAAUAUAACUUGCUGAAUGGAGCAAACAAUCCACCGACUUCAUCAUCGUCUACAUCGAAGAGUUCACAUCAAUCGCAAGGAAAAUCAAGUAAUUCACGUUCGAAUGCUAUGAGCACAGCUAAUAUGGGUGGUGCCUCGACUUCAACAUCGAGUAGUGGACGUGGUCGUAGUUCGGCUUCAAGUCGUGCUGCUGCCAAUGAAAUGGCUCAAUUGUCCAGUCUGUUGAUGGGUAAUGCCGAUCCACAUCUAUUGGAAUCACUUAGCCGAAUGGCUGGAAUGGAUUUGGGACAAGCUUCACGUUUGAUGAGUAGUUUGGGAGCACAACCUAAUCCACCAUCAGAAAAACGUUCAUCGGCGUCCUCGUCGAUGUCGUCGAAAGAGGCUCAUGAAAAACAAGCAGCCAAAGAACAACAAAAGUGGAUGGAGAGUUUGGCCCGUGGUGCACUGCCACCUGACCUAGCAACAUUGCAAGCUUUCACUCAAGGUAAACUUCCAUCUGGAUCACAGUCAUCUUCGUCCAGUAAGAGUGGCUCGAAGGGAUCGUCUUCGCAAUUACCACAAAUGUCAAUGGCAGGAGAUCUUAGCCAGGCGUUCCUUGCCGAAAUGGCUGCCCAAGCAAUGGCUGCAGCUGCCGGAAGUGGUCCACUCUCCAUGGGUGGUGGUGGCCUCGGCGGAGGUGGUGGUAGCAUGGGUGGUGGCGGUGGAGGAAGUAGCAAACGAAGCCGUGAUCAAGAAAUGAAGGAUGCCUUUGAGCAGUUUAGCAAACAACAAAUGGACAUUUACACGCGCACAUUAGGUCUCGGCUCGGGUAUAUCUUUGAUACCAACAUCAUCGGCUUCGUCGUCUGGCCUCAAUGACGAUCACAAGCCCAAACGUUCUCGUUCAGAUAGUCACACAUCGAGUAGCUCCAAAGAUGACCUUUGUCUUCCCCUGAAUCUAGGCUCGAUGAGCAACAUUGAAAAGAGUCUUCGCGGUAUGACUGGAGGUGGCGUCGGAGGUGGUGGUGGAGGCAGAGGAGAUGGAAGUGGCAUGGGUGGAGGACAUUCUGGUUGUGAUUCCAUUGACAAAGUUACCCUUACACCACUUAGUUCGGCUGGCAUUGCAGCAAAUCUACCCUCACAAACGACUAUAACCAUUGCCCCACCGAUAAGCUCUGGCGCUAGCACUAGCAGUGAUCGUAGUGAACGAAGUGAAAGUCGCAUUAGUCUAACGAUAACAAAUGCAGCUGAUGCUGCUAAACUACCACCGCCAUAUGAAGAAGCUGACGAAUUGAUUAUUCAACCAAUAUUAAAGAAGGUACAACCUUCUGGUGGUGGUGAUGAUGGUGAUGGCUAUGAAGAACGUCGAUCAUCAAGUAGAUUGAAAAGACCACGAUCAAGUGGUGAACAUUCAUUAGAUAGCCCAGCUGAAAAGAGAAGGGAAUUACGUUCUACAAGACAAACACGUCAAAGUGGUAAUUCAGAAACAUUAAAUCUAUCAACGAAUAAUGAGAAUGACACUGAUAAGGGAGAUCAGUAGGGAAUAAAGAAUGUCCGAAGAAGUACGAGACUAAAAUCAACAUCUACAACAUCAACAAAUACAAAUUUGACGAAAAACAAAACAAAUGUUAAGAAAACUAAAAUUAUAGAAACAAAUACUAAAAUUAAAAAAACAAAAAAAUAGAUGAGAAUUCUCUCUCUCUGCAAAAAAAAAAAUUAAAAUACAAAAACAGAACAACAACAAAAAAACACAAACAUACAUACAUAAAAUAUUUAGUUCUGACUGUAUUGUAUGUCUUUGGGUCAAUUUUGUGUUGUUUCUUUUGUUUUUUUCCAAGAAGAGAACUCCAAACUAUACCCCUCUAAUUCAAACGCUUAAAUAUUUUCUAACUUAUUUUUUAAAAUGUUUUGUGUAAUGAUUUUAAGUUUUAUAUUAUAACGUACAUAUAUGUAUUUGUUUAUUAUUAUUAUUUUUUAAUUAUUAUUUUAUUAAAUUUCCUCCUGUGUCUGUAAAUAAAAAAAAUAUAUAUAUAUUUAAUUUGUAAGUAACCACCAAACGUCACAUCCUCCCUCUAUAAUUUUUUUUUGUCCACAAUACAUGUACUUUAUAUAGCAAAACAAAUUUCUACAAAAAAUAAACAAAAAGUUAAAAAAAUAUUUAUUUAUGUUAAGUAAGACUAAAAGUAAAUAAUUUUUUUUGUUUUUAAUUAUUAUUAUUUUUUUUUUUAAAUAAAUGUCUCUAGACAGACUUAAAAGGUUUUUAUUUUAAGUAAAUAUUAUAUUAUAAACUAUUCUAGAAUUUUCAAUUAUUAAUUUUUAAUUAAAAAAAAAUAAAAAUUAUAGGAACACAUUUAUUUAGAUUUAUCCUCUAUACAAAACAAGUAAAACAACAAAAAAAAAUAAAUAAAUAAUAAAAUGUAUUUUAGACAAGAAAACGAUUUAAAAAAAGUUAUAAUCUAAUAACGAGUCUUUGGGAGUGAUUAGUUUAAAAGAAAAAAUGGAGUGAAAUUAACUUGCUGCUGUGUUAAAUCCUCCUCCUGCUCCUCUCCAUCUGAAUUUUUCAUCUCCAAAGAAAAUAUUAAUAAAUGUUGUUGAUAAAAAAAAGAAGAGAGUAAUUUUCUUUUUUUUUUCUUAAAUAAAAAAAUAAAAAAAAAAACUGACUGACUGCAUGCUGCUGUUGAAUAAAAAUUUAAAAAAAAGAAAAGAAAAAUAUAUAAACCACACACAAUUCUUCAAGUGUGAAGUUAGAUUUGUUUUAUUUUUUUUUUCGUUUGCAUGUAUUUUGAUAUUUAAAUAAAUUAUUUUUUUUAUUUAUAAAUAUUUUCUUUGAACAAAAUUUAAAAAAAAAAUAAAUAAAUAAAAAUAAGCAUGCACACGAAAGAAAAGAAGAAAAAAUAUUUAUUAUUUUUAUUUACAUUCAAUACUUAUAAUAAUAAAUAAAAGGGUACGAGAUGAGUGAGUAAAAAUACAAAAAAAAAAUAUAUAACAUACCAACAUUACAUACUAGAGUUAUUAUCAUAAACAAAACAAACAAAAAAAAAUACACACAAUUUCCAUACAAAAAAAGAAAAAAAGAAAUAAUAUAACAACAACAAAUAAAAACAUGUUGAGGAAAUUCCAUCAAAUAUUGUGAUUAAAAAUAAAAAAAUAUUUUGUAUAAAAAAAUGAAUAUAAAUAAGCGAAAAAAACAAAAAAAAACUAUGCUUAAAAAUAAAAAAAAACAACACAUAUAGUUUCCAAACUUAAACAAUUUAAAUAUAUAUAUAUUAUAAACAAAAUAUAUAUAUAUAAAGAUAAAAACAACUUAUAAUUACAAGAAAAUAUAAAAAAAAAAAACAAACUGAAUAAAAGUAGGUCUCCCGAUUUUUUAAUUAAAUAUAAAAAAAAACAACUUUACUCUGUAAUUAUUCAAUUUUAAAUAGAUAUUUUUAAUUAUUAUUUUUAUGUAAAAUAUAUGAUUUUAUUAGAAAAGAUACAGCAAAUUUAAAACUAAAUCCUAGGAACCCAAAAUAAGCAAAAUAUUAAAUAAAAACAAAACAAAAAAAAAACACGAAUGAUGUUUAUCAAUCGAGACACAAAAAAAAUACAAAACCUAAAAAAUAAAAACCAUCU